GGUUUAACUGCCAGAGCGACUAAAUUCAUUUGGUUUAAGUGACAGAGGUUUAUAGCUGAUCAGAGGAACCGGCUGAUAAGGAAUGACAAUACCAGGAAGCUAAAUGGUUCAGUUAAUGGCUAAGAUUAAAUAAUGGAACUACAGAAACUGAAGCACGCCAAGCGAGCUGUUUGUCCAUCAAUGUUUACACGGAUUCUGGACGGAUUUGAUUGUUUCUGACUGUUUGCUCCACAGAGCAGGUCUGAAUGUAAACCCUGAACCAAACGGUCCAGCAGCUGCAGCUGAACUGCUGCACAGAGAGACGAAGCUUUCCGGAGAGCUGCGUUAAUCAUUCAGGAGCUAAUGGAGCGAGACGCAGCCUUCAUCAGCAGAACAAGGCGACAGGACAUUCAGAACAAGCUCAGAACUAAUGAGUCUGUUUCCUCUGUCCAACAGGUCUGGAUCGGUCCUCAACCAACAGCCGGUUCCAUAGGUAGGCAGAUAGAUAGAUAGAUAGAUAGAUAGAUAGAUAGAUAGAUAGAUAGAUAGAUAGAUAGAUAGAUAGAUGAUAGAUAAAUAAAUAGGAGGGCUGCUAUGAUGUCAGAGGAAUCGGAAGCAGUCCACCUUUAAACCCCAGAGGUUCAUGAUGGGCCUGAACCGGGUCUCCAGCACCACUCCAUACAUCAGUUUUCUGGCUGUGGUGAGCUCCCGCCUAAACUCCUCCACCACCUCCUCCAUCCCUCCGUCUUCUUGCACCAUCGAUGAAUCCUACAAGUAUGUCUUUUUGCCCGUCUGCUACUCCCUCACCUUCGUCUUCAGCCUGGUUCUGAACUCUGUGGUUCUGCUGCGAUCAUGCCGUCCUCACGGCGCCGGAGCCGGUGGCGGGCGGCGCUGGAACACCUCUCUGAUCUACAUGGUGAACCUGGCCACCACAGACCUGAUGUAUGGCCUGUCGCUGCCCUUCCUGGUUGCCAGCUACGUGCUGAGGGACCACUGGGUGUUUGGGGACUUCAUGUGCCGCCUUGUACGAUUCCUAUUCUACUUCAAUCUCUAUUGCUCCAUCUUCUUCCUCACCUGCAUCUCUGUGCACAGGUAUCUGGGCAUCUGUCAUCCAAUGAGGACCAUCACACUAGAGAGCAAGCGGGUGGUGAAGGGGACCUGUGCCUCAGUGUGGCUUGUGGUCUUCGUACUCACCUGUCCUAUCUUCAGGUUUGCACAGACAGGAGAAGUUACGAGGGGAGGCACAAGAGCUGUUGGACCAGAGGAGAUGGAACUUGGAGACAACAGGACUGAGGAAAAGUAUAUGAACUGCUGGGACGAUGCCAUCGAUAAGGACUUUGCUGAAUAUGUCCCAUAUGGCAUUGUCCUUCAUCUCAUAGGCUUCUUUGUGCCCUUCGUCAUUAUCGCAUGGUGCUACUCUCAGGUGGUUCGGACAAUAUUCCAGAGCCUGCAGUCUCCGCACAGCUCAAUAGAGGGUGGUGAGGAUGGAGCAGUUGGGGAUGGAGGAGUUGAAGGAUCUCGAGAUCGGGAGAGAACUUCAGUUUCCAUCUCUGGCUCCCAGUACUCGCACUACACCAGGAGAAGGCGUAAAUCCAUCAAAACCAUUGUGACAAUUACGCUGCUUUUUGCACUCUGCUUCUUGCCCUUCCAUGUGACUCGGACAUUGUUCCUGCUCCUGCGGCGAGGGCAGCUUGGUGGCUGCAACGCGAUGAAGACCGUCUCCAUCUGCUACAAGGUCACAAGGCCACUAGCGUCUUGCAACGCCUGGCUCAACGCCCUGCUCUACUUCCUGACGGGAGAUAAGGGCACCCCCUGUUGUUGGCCAGCAGAACGGAGAGUUCACCAGGACAGGAAAAAUGGCACCUUAUGGUGGCCUUUAACGAUACUGAAAAAGGAAGGACCAGGAGAGGAAGACCAGGAGGCAGCAGAGAAGGUUGAGGGAGAGCUGCAGAUAGAGGAUGAAUCCAAGUCUUCACGAAUCAUCUUCUAGGACGAUUCAAAAGAAAAUGUUCUUCAAGCUGCUAGCACAAUGCUAAACAUCAUCAGCUCCAACAAGCCAAGGUUAUAUCAAAACAUCUGUCAACUAACAUUAACAGCCAUUUUGUUCCCAGCAGAGCUCUCUUCAACCUUCAUGUGUGUUCCUGGUCCAACAAAUGUGAAUCAGAUGGUUGGAUUAAUUCCUUGGAUUGCAGCAAAGUUAUGUAGAGUCCUGUUAACAAUCCAGGCAUUCAGUUUAAGUGUGUUGAUGCUUAGACAUCUGAAGACCACAACCUGGAGACUGCUGCUCUACAGAGAUGAAAGCUGCCCUGUUUUAACAAUGUGAACAUGAUGAGGCUGUCUGCUCUGCAUUGACCUGGAGAUACCACCCCCAUAAACUAUUUUACUCUUACCAUCAACAGACAGCACUGUUAGAGAACAGCAACCUUCUGCAUCAUCAGCUCAGACUGGUGAAACAACCUUCCUGACUUAAACCCAGGAUUGAGCUCUACUUUUCUUUAUAAGAGUCACAAUCUGCUGUUUUACUUAAACAAUUCCUAUGAUUUUGUCAUUUAAUUCAUGUUAAAUCAUUUGAGGGAGAAAUUUUUUUUAUUAGAGCUCAUUAUGACCCUUUUCCAUACCGCUACGCACAAAAUUUGACUUAUCUGUAUUCUUGUUCAUGUAGCGUAUGUAGUGUUAGCAGCAUUAGCAGCUAGCCAUGGUUGGUUUACCAUCUUAUCCAGGUCUCUUACACAAUAAGUAACAAGUUAUCCAAUUAGCAAAAUGUACUGACUGCCUCAGGUGAUUCCCUGAUUGGUGGAAGAGAGAUGGGAAUUGAGAUAGCGAAGUAGGGUAAUUUUAGUGCCCUUCUAGUAAAUAUGUAAAGGAAAAGGGCUAAAAUCAAGCUAGUAGAACUGUUCUAAAUCUGAACAAAAAAAACAAAAAAAAAACACAUGAAAAAAAAGCACUCCAGAUAUUGCAGGAAGCUUUCAUUGAAGCGCAACAACACACUUAACAUUAGAAAGUCCGAUUUCUGUGGGAAGACUCUUUUAAACUCAACUAGGUAUUAGUUUUACAGAAUAAGACAAAUACUGAAGAAAUAUGAAGUUUCUUGAAGUUUGCCUUUAUUAUUAGCUGCAGUGAUGUUAGAAACAAACUGCUCAGAUGGAUAAACUGAGACCAGGAACAAAGUACUGUGUGUUUGAACAUUCCUGCUGUUUUGUCAAUCUCAGGUCAGUUUCAUUAUUUUGUGUGUUUUGGUGUUUUUGUUUAAGAAUUAAAGUGUGUUU